UUUAUUAUAAAUCAGAUGCGCGCGCGCACAGUGCUUCAAAACAUCAUAGUUUGCUUAGUUAACGAUGGUGUCAAUAUUAUGUUGUUGAGGUGGAUGAGUGCAGUAGACAGUUUGAGCGUGACGCUGAUCAUGAAGGGGGCUGUGCUGUUGACGGUCGUGUAUUUGUUGCACUGCGAAGGUGCCACGGUGGUGAGGACUGAUGACUUCCCCGUGGUGAACGACCGUCCGAUCAUCGGCGUGUUGUCGCAGGAACAGUCCAUGUACCUGCACACCAAGUACCCGGAGGAGAAUUACACCAGCUAUAUCGCCGCAUCGUAUGUCAAGGACGUGGAAGCUUCGGGAGCUAGAGUUGUUCCUAUUCUAAUUGGAAAAGAUCGUGCUUACUAUGAGGAACUGAUGGGCAAAUUGAACGGCGUUCUGAUUCCCGGCGGAGCUACGUACUUCAACCAAUCGGAUGGCUACGCCGACGCUGGUCAGCAUAUAUACGAAAUUGCUCAAGAAAUGAACGACGCUGGCGACUAUUUCCCCAUAUUUGGCACCUGUCUCGGUUUCGAAUUGCUCAUCAUCUUGGCUUCAGGCCGAGGAUACCCAGAGAACAGGAUCAGGUGCUAUUCUUAUGGCAAUAUUCCUCUUGAUUUUACUGAUGAUUACCAAUCCAGUAAGAUGUUCAGAGAAGCACCCGAACAAGUUACAAAGGUUUUGGAAAACGAAAAUGUCACAGUAAAUGCUCAUCAGUUCUGCAUCAUAGAUGAGAACCUGAUAUCUUACAAUUUGACAAAUGACUGGCGAGUCACCUCCCAUUCAUUCGACGACUAUGGAGUCAAGUUCAUCGCCACUGUCGAACACACCAGGUAUCCUUUCUACGGUGUACAGUUUCAUCCUGAGAAAAGUUCCUUCGAAUGGAAGCUGUCGAAGAAUUAUGCUCAUUCAUUAUCCGCGGUGAAAACAAACCGUUAUUUCAUGGACUUUUUCGUGAAGGAAUGCAGAAAGAGUUUGCAUCAAUUCGCAAGCCAGGCUGAGGAAAACCAAUACUUGAUAUAUAACUACGAACCUCGUUUUACAGGCGUCUUGGGUAGCGCUUAUCAUCAAUGCUAUUUCUUCGAACCAAGAGGCACUAGUGCGUAACGACAAAUUACGGAAAUAUAAAUAAAUACUAUUUAUUUCGAAAAUUACUAUUGAAAAAAUGGCAUACGAUGUAAUAGAUUUAAUAAGUUGUAAAUGUUAAAAUAAAGAGUUUAGUUUUUGUUGACUUGUUGAUAUA